GCGAAUCAAACGUUGUACAACUUGAAUUGCUCCCCCGCAACCAGUUCAAAUUACACCGCACCGGUGAUAGGACAAGCUAAGCUAUUGGCAGCUCGCUACUCGCAGUCAUUUUCCCUAUUUCCACACCUCGCUUAUUUCCACGAGAUACGCACGGUGGGUGGUGUAAGGUUAGGUUCUUCGAGGGUGCUCAAUGUUUACAUAGAAUUUCUAAUUGAAAAAGGGGAAAGCUGCUUUGACUUCGUGGUGUAUGUCCCAAAACUUUAAUCUCUCAAUCAAAAUAUUAGCAUAGUCGUUAAAAUAAUCAAAGGUCUAAAGUUAGUGCUUAUUUUGUAGAAAUACUUCAGCAUGGCUAUCCCAACAGAGGAAUUGGGUGAACUUGCGAAAGACGAAGCUUUUAAAUCUGUUAUAAAUAAAUUUCAUAUGUCUGUCGACAAAGUCGGAGACGCUCUAGAACUUUGCUGUGGUCGGGAUGUUUAUGCAGACUUGUCACCAGAAGAAAGAGUAGAAUAUGACCUUUUUCUCUCUUACUCUCUUAAUUCACUGUUUUGGAGUUAUCUUCGAACACAAGGAGUCGACCCUCUGAAACAUGGUGUCAAGAAUGAGCUCGACCGGGUGAAGAGUUACAUGACACGCGCCAAACAAGUCCGUGAGAAACAGAGCAUGCCAAGGAUAGAUAAAGAAGCUGCAGAGCGGUUUGUCACUAGCGGCUUAUGGGAGCCUGGCCAGGCUAAAAUAAAAUCAGGCUCAGGAAAUGGAGUCAAUAAAAGAAAGAGGCUUGAAAGUGACAGCGAAGAAGAGACUUGACUUCCAGUUCAAAUUUUGUAAUUUACUGUAAAUAAACCAUUAAUUAUCUGUUAA